UUGGGUUUUCACAUAGAAUUGGCCAGCAAGACGAAGCAGGACUACCGAAAUUGCUACUGGCUUCAACUCCCUCCCUGUUUCGAGCCAUGCUAAUCAAUUUUCCCAAGCUCGGUUGUUGAAACAAAGAAAAGCCAGAAGCAUAUCUUCACUCUCUCUGCUUUUCACAAAAUCUCAGCUCAAGAAAAAAGCACCCAAACAUGGCCUUCGUCUCGCAGCUAACCCUAAACCCUCUGUUGCUAAACCCGCCGCGCCACCGUCUCACCUCCAAGCCUUGCCUCCUCCUUUCGCGAAACUCCGUGGGGAUCACCGCUGCCAAAUCCACUAACAAAUUCAAUUUGAUCGUCGGGGCCCGACCAUCGACCCGGAUCCGAUCGGCGAACGAUGACGAGUGGGGCAACGAGAGGGAGGUCGAGUCCGGCGGGGAUGUAGCUGUGGCCGUGGAGGAGAAGCCGGCUGAGCCGGAGCCAGCGGAGAUUAGUCAGCUGAAGAAGGCUUUGGUGGACUCGUUUUACGGGACUAAUCGUGGGCUGAGCGCCACCAGCGAGACCCGGGCCGAGAUUGUGGAGCUUAUUACCCAGUUGGAGGCCAAAAACCCGACUCCGGCUCCGACUGAGGCCUUGCCUCUCCUCAAUGGCAAAUGGAUUCUAGCGUACACUUCAUUUGCGGGUCUGUUUCCAUUGUUGUCAAGAGGGACGCUUCCAUUGGUGAAGGUUGAAGAGAUAUCUCAGACAAUUGACUCUGAGAAUUUUACCGUACAAAACUCUGUCCAGUUUGCUGGACCGCUGGCUACCACUUCCAUCAGCACGAACGCGACAUUUGAAGUCCGAAGCCCCAAGCGCGUCCAGAUUAAGUUUGAAGAAGGCGUAAUUGGCACCCCACAGCUAACAGACUCGCUGGUGAUACCGGAAAAUGUUGACUUUCUAGGACAAAAAAUCGAACUCGCACCCUUCAAGGGUUUGCUCAAUUCUGUUCAAGACACUGCUUCAUCUGUUGUAAAGACCAUCUCCAGUCAACCCCCUUUUAAGUUCUCCAUCCCAAGUAGCAAUGCCCAGUCGUGGUUGCUAACCACGUACCUCGACGGAGAGCUCCGGAUUAGCAGGGGAGACAACGGCAGUGUGUUCGUGCUAAUCAAGGCAGGCAGCCCCCUCUUGACUCGCUGAACAGAACUCGCUAUAGCAACGUUUCUGGUGCGUGAUAUAUGUAUGUACGUGUUCAAGGACAUGGGAUGUAAUUUUCUACAAUGAAGGAAUAAACUGAAUAUGUCUUGUGAAACAAUGUUGUACUUAGUAGACUGAAUUAGGCGUAUCCAAGUUGGCUAGUCUGCACCUAAGUUCAAAUCUUCUCAGUGUAAUUUAGAAUUUUAAAUUAAAUUUGAUAAAAA